CUAAUCGUUAGCCGCCGCAAAAUUAGAUUUUACUCCGACCAAUCAAAAUGGUUUUACCACACCCUCUACACCACCCAGCUGAAGGUGUUUUGAUAAAUCCUGAUUCCUGAUAACAAACUUACAAUUUUUUUGAAAAUAAAUUAUUCAAGUUUCCCGAUUUCACGUAUUUGUUGAGUACUAAUCUAAUUUGUUGAUUAAAAAUUAAAAUAUGACAUCAUGUCAUUCAUUUGUGAUAAUUGUGGUAAAUCUUUCUCGCGAUUCUUUAACUUGCAAAGACACUGUAAAAAUGCUCAUGAUAUAAUUCUUCAAACUCAGAAGAACAAUAAUAAAGAGAAAGAACCUGAAAAACAUGCAAACCCAAAUAAAUCAUCGGAAUCUUACUCAUGCCCGAUCCAAGAGUGUGAUUUUGUGGGCAAUAAAACCAAAAAUUUUGAUUUACAUUUUACAAAUGAUCACCCGAACCUAGAAAUUGAUAAGAAAGAAAUGAGUUUUCAAAAUGUGGAAGAGUUUAUGACCUGGAAAUCUUCGGUGGAGAAACAGAAUAAGUGUCGAUUCGUUAUUCAUACUGGACGAACAGCGAAGUAUGAAUAUUAUUACUGCCAUCGGUCAGGUCGAUUUACGAGUGAACGCACAGGAAAACGAUUUUUGAAAACCCAAGGUUCAUGUAAAUUUGGUUCUUAUUGUCCUGCCAAGAUUUGUGCUAAAAUAUCGGAUUGUGGGAAGUUCAACGUCACAUUUGUUUCUACUCAUGUAGGGCACCAACACGAUGUGGCCCAUUUGACCAUAUCUCCCAAUACUAAGAAGCAAUUAGCUCAAAAAAUGUUGCUAAAAAUUCCUGAUAAUGUUAUUAUCGAAGAUAUCCAAGAAUCUGUGACCGAUGACAUUCAACGAGUACAUUUAUUGACCAAACAAGAUCUGUACAACAUUCGUCGCGAAUUUAAAAUUCCCAUUGAUGAUUCGAAAAAAGAUGAGAAUGAUGCCAUUAGCGUUGACUUACUAGUACAGCAACUGCGGAAAAAUGACGCAGCCGGAGCGCAAUCAUUAUUAAUCGAAGAAAUCACGGAAAUGAUAAAAACGCUGGAAGAUAACACGUACUUUACCAAUGAAUUGAUCAAGUUGAAAAACCAUUUCUUGUUGAAAAACUCUGCUGUACAAAUACCUGUUCUGAUGUCGAAGCCAACGGAUGGUGAAAAGAAGACAAAAAUUCAAAAGAAAGCCGAUAGCAGUUCAAAUAUUAUUCCUCAGCGCCGACUGUACUCUACUAAGAAAAAAACCACAUCUAAACGUAAAAAAAUUAUCAAAAAGCCAACGUUGGCAGAAAAAGCUGCUGUUUCUUCCGUAAAUUUUUUAAUUCCGUCACUUCAAGGACCGCAGAAGACUGGAAACGUAAUUUUGCUAAGUCAGAAAGAUGUGAAUGAAUGAAAAAAAGAUGAAAAUAUGUAUUAAGGUACCUAUUAUUAUGUAGUUACGAAAAAGAUUGAUGAAAAAGAGUCCAAAGAAAGAAACUCUAGAGUCUUAGAUAUUAAUUUCUUGACAUGUUGUAUUAUUGAAAUAUUUUAUUUGUAAGGUUUUUACCAUUCAUUAUGUGAUGAAUAAUGUUUUUGGUGCUUUUCGUAAUAAAACAAUCACUUUUUUCACUCCUUUUCUCCAUACAAUUCAUAGAGUAGAAAAUAGAAAGUGAAAAUCAUCUCAAUCCUAAGAUCUACGUUUUCAAACACACUACAGUGUUAUCACUAUUUUCAAUGGGUUGCUAUGGAAACGUACAGCUCGUUUUCAUUGGUCGGAGUAAAAUCUAAUUUUGCGGCGGCUAACGAUUAGUGUUAUA